AUGAGCUUGCCAAGUGGCGUUGACAUGUCCAACCUGAUGCAGCAGCAUCCGGUGCUCGGCGCGUUGCCACCGGCGUUUUUCCUUCGGGCCGCCUCGGAGCGCUACCAGCGCACGCCAAAGUGUGCCCGAUGUCGCAACCAUGGAGUGGUGAGCGCCCUGAAGGGCCACAAGCGCUACUGUCGCUGGCGGGACUGCGUGUGUGCGAAGUGUACCUUGAUCGCCGAACGGCAGCGGGUGAUGGCCGCCCAGGUUGCCCUGCGCCGCCAGCAGGCACAGGAGGAGAACGAGGUGCGGGACCUCGGGCUGCUGUACGGGUCGACGGGGGUGCACGGGGUGAGCCAGACGGGGUCCGGCGAGUCGGGUCCGGUGCCGGCGGUCGGCCAGUUUCACGGCGGCAUCCCUUCGCCGCCGAACGACGCGGAAAGCACCACCCAUCACAGCUACACGGCCGCUGAACCGGACACCGACGUGCAGAGGCUGCGAGCGGAACACAUGCAUUCGGCGUACUCGCCCAACCGAAGCGAACCCGACAGUCCAGGACCCAAGCGUCAGCGCAUAUCCACGGAGACGGAUCACGACACGGAAUCGGAAUCGUCCCCGAGCAGCCCGCGGCACAAGUCGUCACUGUUCUCCCUGCCGCUGGACAAGCGUUCGCCGAGCAGAAACGGGCCACCGAGCUCGCCCGAGUCCGACCUGGACGUGGACUCGACGCCCGACGAGUCGAUUGCGCCGGAGAACCUAAGCCUCAAGAAGGACUCGACCGGCUACACCAAGCCGGCCACGUUGGUUCCCGUCGGUGUGAACGGAGGUGCCGGCUUUCUGCCUUACGGCCAACAGCAGCAGCAACAGCAGCAACAGCAGCAACAACAACAACAACAACAACAGCCAGUUCCCGGACAGUAUCAGCAUGCCAGUAUCGGUGUCAGUACCUCGCCGGUGUCACAGCGUUCUCCAGUGGACGUGUUGCUACGUGUGUUUCCCAACCGACGCCGGAACGAGGUCGAGCUGCUACUCCAGCGCUACAGAGGUGACGUGGUCCAGGCCAUGGAGGCGAUGCUCUGCGGGGACGACACGCUCCACUCGGCCAUCAGUGUUCCCACACCUUCACCGUCUUUUGCAGUGAAGUCGGCAUUCUCGCCACUGAUGCCUUCCGGGACGCUGAGUAGUGCGACGAUGCGGUACUCGUUUCUGCAGCAGGCGCACACCAAGCGCUUCCUGUCCGCGCCUUACGCCGGCACCGGCUACCUGCCCACCAUCCUCCAGGAUCCGGACCAGCAGUCGCCGGAUCAGCAGGUCGGACCGGGCCAGCAGCCGGGCGUGCUCGGCCCGUCCAUCGUCGGCCCGGGCACCGACAACUGCCUCACGCCGGCCAGCAACAGCUCCUGCGUUGACGGAUCCGAGUAA